AUGACGGCUUCACAAAUUCCAAUACUAUGUAAAUGUGUCACAUGUGACAUUGAGCUUAGUGACAAUCAUUUGGGUAUUCAGUGUUCUCGUCAGCAUCAUUAUUGUCGUGAUUGUUGUCAAAAUUUUGUUACAUUAUUUUUUUCUGAACCACAAUUACAUAUUCCAUUAACAUGUUUAGAAUGUAGUGAGAAGAUACCAGAAUAUCAAUUUGAACGUCAAUUAACAGAUGAUCAAUUUGAGAAAUAUCAAUCAAUAAUGUUAACAAUGCAAUGGUGGGAUGAAUGUGAUAAAGAGUAUUUAGCUCAUUGUCCUUACUGCCAAUAUGUUGAAAUACGUGAACAUGAUAAAUCAAUAUUUUUAUUUUGUAAAUAUAUACAAUGUAGACGAGUUUCAUGUUUAGUAUGUAAACAUGAAUGUCAGACCGUAAACGAUUAUAUGGAUGAGAAUAUUGAUGAUAUUUUGGGACACUCUAAAUGUGUUGAAUUAAAACAUGACAAGAAGAUCGUAGAUUUAGCUAUUAUAAACGGAUCCAUGAUUCCAUGUCCAACGUGUGGUGUAUCAGGUAUGAAAGAUGAUAAUUGCACUCAUAUGACAUGUGGAAAAUGUUGCGAAUACUGGUGUUAUUUCUGUGGACAAAAGCAAGAAGAUUGUGAUGUGCCAGAUGGCCAUGAUGUGUCUUUAUCUAAUCAUAAUAUUGACUGGGAUUCCAACUCUCAACGAUGUCCAAUGUAUUUAGUGUCUAUCAAAGAAUUUGAUCAACGAUGGCCAGAUGAUGAUUACGAAUGUUUAGAGUAUUUUCAUCGGUAUCGAACAUUAACUUUAUUAUAUGAAGUUUGCAAAAUAAUUGGUGAAGAGAAAAUGAAUGAAAUUGAUGAGCAUUUUCAUUCACUUCAUUCAUGUAGUUACACAAUGAAAGAAAUACAAGAAAGUGGAAAAAGCAUAUUAAUUGAUUAUGAUAGAGAAUAUCAAGAUCAAUGA